ACGCCACGGAUGACGAUCCAUUCGAAUCCGAUCAAACCGUCGUAGGAAAGCCAAGUUAUUACAAGGGAGUAGCUGUGUCCUAAGAUGGAGAUGGCUGCAGCCGGCACUGCUCCCCGUCGCUUCUCCGCCAGCAGCGCCAUCGCCUCCCUUGCCUUCGUCCUCGCAGCCGUGGCCGCCUGCUCGUCGUUCGGCGCGGAGGCGGCCGCGGCGUGCUUGAGCCACACCUUCUCGGGCGGCAGCGGCGGCGGCGGCCGGCUCUACGCGUCCUGCACGGACCUGCCGCGCCUCGGGGCCGCGCUGCACUACAACUACACGGCCGCCACCAACACCGUCUCCGUCGCAUUCCGGGCGCCGCUGGGCGAGGACGACGGGUGGGCGGCGUGGGGGAUCAACCCCAGCGGCCGCGCCGGCAUGGUCGGCACCAACGCCGUGGUGGCGUUCCGGCGCGCCAACGGCACCCUCGCUGCGUACCCUACGGUGCUCGACAGCUACGCGCCGACCAUGGAGCCCGCCGCGCCCGGGGACCUGGCGUUCCCCGUGUCGGGGGUCGCGGCGGAGCACGACGCGGAGGGAAAGGAGAUGGUGGUGUACGCCACGGUGGCGCUGCCGGCAGGGGAGGGGAGCAAGUUCACCCACGUGUGGCAGCGGGGGAGCGCGGUCGUGAACAACGUGCCGGCAGCGCACCCCACCACCGGGGAUAACGUGCUCUCCACCGCCACCAUCGAUUUCAGCCAGUGAUAGAUGGCGGAGACAUAAACACUCUUGCGUGUAUAUAUGUAUGUAUAUAUAGGCCUGGCGUAUGUCGGUGCAUCGACUGCCAGCGGCGCACCCCACCACCGGGGAUAUAUACUGUACUGCUUGUCACUUAUAUAUGUAUGCCCAAUAAGUAUCGCUCCCAUAUGCAAUUAUAUAUCUUUAUCUUUAUUUUUAUCUAUUUC